AUAAGCAUACUAGACACGACGGAGCAAAAAAAAAAAACAGAAACUGAGUGUAACUAAAGAUAAAGUCCGUCGUCCGUAUAGGAUCUAUCGGAACUGCGCGUCUUCUGUAGAGGAUGACCAUUAUCAUUGUGAUGUCGCAAAGCAUAUAAGCAAAUUUUGUUUUCUGAUGUCUACUUCCGCUCCGGUUUGUGGAAAUUUAUCUUGUAAAACCUAAGCCAGAACAAGAAUCUCCUACGUCUGACUCUGAGCACGUACUCUGCGUGGUCGCGACGGGGCAGAUUUUAUCUGGAUGAUGAGAGCAGCACAUCUACCAUUCGUGUUUUCUUUUUCUUUUACUUUUUCCCACGAAUGGCGAACGCAAAUCAUCCCAUUGCGUCACCAAAAAAAAUGCUAAGCUCGUCUGAGAAUGCUACCUCACCAGAAGAGACAGUACUAGAGAGUCCUCCUACAACCACUGCAUGUGAUCAUGUAGAUGAAAGUGAGAACAAUAUUACAUCCAAGAUGAAGGAACAAGUAUCGGAGCCGCGUGGUUUUACUGCACCUAGUACUUCGACCACUGCACAACCACUUUCCAACAGCAACAUCAAGCUGACCAGCCUCGCGGUCGCCCUGAUCGCCUUCCCGUGUUUGACCGUGAUCCAGGUCAUCGCGCGCAUCGAAAACAGCGACCGCGAAAACCGGUCCGAGGCGGUGUUUCCCGAAACCCCCGGGGUCGGCACACCGCCGAUAAGUUUGUUGUUUACCAAAACGGUGUUUCUGCGCUACUGGACGCUGAUCUGCUUCUCCUGCAUCAGUCUCGGCAUCGUGCUGCAGAGCUUCUUUAUCCGAGCGCGCCACUUGAAGGCCGUGGCGCUGCUGGAAGAUGUGGACGAGAAAGUGCUUUUUGGAAGAUUUUUUGCAGCAGGUUCAGCUUCAGCCCCCGCUGACCAAGGUCGUGUUAUUGAUGACGAGACGACUGCAGGAGUCUCCUUUUCAACGAUAGCGCCUCCGGACGAAGAUGCGACCGUUGGGACGACGACGAAGAAGAACAAAGGUGAUAAGUAUGGAACAGCUGCCGCGUCAGCACAAAUUGAUAAGUAUGAACUGCAAAAGUAUCGUACUCGUAUAAAUGCAUGACAAAUUAUUUUCUCAGCAUGAGAAAUAAAAUGUGUAUUGCGGAUUUACCAUAACAAAAAGAUUUGUAUAUGCGUGACCGCAAAUACUACGAGUACGAUACGUUUGCACAGGAUGAUAAGGGUAAUUACGACGACGAUCCUGUGAUCAAUCUGAAGCUGCAACGGGUCGUGGGUUUGAAGAGAAAAAAUAGCUGUUCAUCCUCCUGCUCUUCGCGGCGGCGCUCGCUACAGCCCCGAGUUCAAGCAAUAAUUGCCACCGCGAGCCCCCGAAGAAAUUGCUUGGUCGCAGUACGACAAGGUCAGCAUCUUCAUGCACCCCGUGGGCCGUCGUCGUCGAGCACGAGUCGAAGCGCUGUCGGUGGUCUUUCAACCCGGGCCCAGCAGCUGCAGCAGAGACGGAGGAAUAGCCCACCACCUGAUGCUGGCCGUGACGAAGAUGCACCCGGGGAUCCUCGUGGGGGAGAGGUUGUCAUCUCACUUGCCAACAUCAACAACUCGCAGCCCAGCAUCACCCCGUUCUCGCCCGGAACGGUAAGCCAGGCGUCGACGACUGUUGACGACAUUCCGUACCGGAAAACGCGGGAAGCAGCAGGGCAGAUGAAAAGUGAAAAAAACCGCUCAACAUCUUCGGUGCAAGCCCAACCUUGCUGUUGUUCCAUUCCGCGGAGGCCGCAGGAGGCACGAGCUGGUGGUGCAGUCGAUAGUGGCAGAGAAAAGCAAGAUCACGAAGAUCAAGAGGAGGACCUGCCAGACGAAAAUAAUCAGACUUGGGUUUGCGUUGGGCUCAGCAAGCCACAGGAAGAAACAGCGCGCGCGGCUGAAAGUUGUACAACCCAUGAACAACCUGCUCCGACGCAACACCAGAGUCAGUUUCUCUUCACGCGGCCCGAAGCGGAGCUGGCGAUCCAGCGAAACCACAAAGCGCUACUGAUUUCCGCUACCGGGUUGUUUCUGCUCGCGUUUUUUCCCUGGCCGGAGAAGGCGAUGGAGGACGCAGAGGGGAACUUCGUGCACACGCAAGAGAUAUGGACCGCAAAAGUAUCGUACUAGUAUGAAUCGCAAUACAAAUUGGCUUGGCCUUACAAAUCAAAUUUGUAAUGCGGAUUUACCUAACCAACUAGAUUUGUAGUGCAUAACUGCGAUGACUACGAGUGCGAUAGUUUUGCACAGGAUAAGAGAACAGCUUCCAGCUCAUCGUGCACGCUGUAGCCGCGCAGACCUUUUUCUUCGCGGCAUCCGUGCACGUGUUUGGCGUGUGGUGGCUGAUGCGAGGGCUCUUCUUUCAGUUUGAAAGGACGACGAGGACUACUACAACUGCAGGAGGACGAGGUGCGACGUCAUUUUCGUCAUCGUUCAGCACGAGCGGUGAAGCGGUCAUGGAGCCGGGUGGAAAUUAUAGUGGAACUAGUACCAGCAAGAACGUCUAUGCAGUCGGGCUUCACGACGACGACGACCAGAAUCAUUAUAGCGAGAAGGUUUCAAGUCCAGGAAAUAACCUCCAGCCUCUCAAGGAACAUUCGAGUACUCUCGCGGGACCAACUAGUAGCGCUGGUGGGGAAGAUGUCGAGUCGCGACCACCCGCCGUGGUUGAAGUGUGGGAAGAUCAUGCGGUUUCGCCGAACUCCGGAUCCAAGGAGGAGGACAUGAAAACAGCAAUAGACGAUGGACAACGGGGUGGACAACUACAUGUUCUUCUUGACGGUGCUCUUACACAGGAAUCCGUAGCCCCCGCAGAGGCCGCGCGUAGACUGCAGAACCCGAUGGAUUUGAUUCUAGACACUACGCCAACAGGACGCGGCGGGAAUAGUACGGAAGGAUCAUCCAUCCUCAACGCAGAUGCGACGAACAGGUCGUCUCUAGGAGGAGAUGCGGCCCAAAAACCAAGAACCAACACCGCUCCCUCGCUGCUCCCGGGUGAUCAGAACAAAGAAUUCUGGGAGCCCAGCCCUUCCUCGCGCGGCCACGGCGGAACAGGUCUACGUGGACAUGACGGUGGCCACAACAUCGCAGACAGCAAGCAGAGCCUGCCACGAACGCCCGCCUCGGCAGCAACGCCGCUGGACCAGCACCUACGACCGGGGAAGAUUUUGAACCAGGGUGAAGAAAAUAAUGAUGGCUUCGACUUCGUCGACUCUACUUCAAAAUUGACCGCGACAAACCUGUUUGCAACGGAUGAAAAUUAUACGGGAAAAAAUCGCGUCAACGUUUCGCCAGACGAUAGAACAAUGUCGCCGACGUCGCAGCGCGGCUUGCACGAUGUGGCACUGGAUGUUGAUUCUCCCGAAGGAAAUCGCCUGCAUUUCGAGCUUUUGCGUGACUCCACCAGGGGGGAUGUUGCUCUAAUGAGCAAGGGCAGCAAGAACGUAAACGAGGCAGAAUUUCCGAACUCCACAUCCGCUAGUACACAACCAGAACUACUCGCCCUCCCUGCCAUCUCGCGGGGCAAUGCGCAUGCUGCACAGCGACGGUUGUGGCUGAUCCUGAUGGGCUUUGGUGCCUGCGCCGUAUGGUAUCAAAUGCAAAUAUGUCUGGGUCUGGAAGAAUGCAACUUGUCAUGCAGAUUUUCCAUGACCCAUAUGGUCUGGAAUGCGGGACCUAGCAUGACAAACUCUGCCAGGUUUCUGUCAUGCCUAUCCUGCCUGAGAAAUCGCCUCCCAACUUGGUCAAAAGUGGACAGCUUUUGGCAUUCAUGCAAUACAGACUUUAGAAUGAUUCAGAGGUAGCAUCACAAGUUACUGUCUUGCAGACCCAGACAUAUUUGCAAUGCACAUGUGGUCGAGCAUAACCAUCGCGGUCUCCUUCACGGGUUUCCUAUGCAUUGCAAAAGUAUCGUACUCGUACUAAUUGCAGUAUACGCAUUACAAAUCUAGUUGUUAACGUAAAUCAGCAUUACAAAUUCAAAUUUGUAUAUGCUGAGCUACUUUGUAUUGCGAUUUAUACUAGUACGAUACUCUUGCACAGGAUAUUUCCUGUUCAGCGACCAAACCAGUUUCCGCAGCAGCAUGGGCGUAGCGCAAUACGUCAUGAUUCUGAGUCUUCUCGGCUACACCUCCGGCCCCAUGGGACUCUUCGUCGACGAAGAUCCGCUAUUGUCCUUGGGGGUAGAUAAAGCUCCUGGCGCUGACAGUGCUGAAGAAAAUGACAGUUCUGGUGCUGGUGGAGGUGGCGCCACCUGA